AUGUUGCAAGAUCAUGUCGCAGCAUCAGGCGCAUCUGCCUCUGGGCUCGCGCGGCGCCACGCGCUCCUGCUGCUCCCGUCUGCCAGCGGCGCGCUGCUGCGGCUCGUGGCAGGCGCUGCCGCCGCUGGAUCCCCGCCGCUGCUCGCCCCAGGAUACGCACUCGCGGGGGUUGACGAGGGCGUAGUGCCGUCCCCGGCGGUGAAGGCGGCAAUUGACAAGGCUAUCGAUUCGGUCGUUAACGUGGGGAAGGCACCCUUGAUGCUGCGGCUCGCAUACCACGACGCGGGCACCUUCAGCAAAAAGGCGGGGGACGGCGGCCUCAAUGCCUCCAUACAAUUCGAGCUCGACCGCCCGGAAAACUUUGGGCUCAAGCGCGGCUGGCGGCUGGUAGAGCAGGCCAAGGCGUCGCUCAAGGGCACCCCGGCGGACGGCCUGGUGUCCAACGCCGACCUCAUCGCGUGGGCGGGGGCGCGCGCGGUGGCGGUCACCGGCGGGCCGCGGGUACCGCUGACCAUCGGGCGCGCCGACGCGCGCGCCGCGGACCCGCCGGGCCGGAUGGCGUCGGAGCGCUCCGGCCCUCAAGCUCUCAUUGACAACUUUGCAGACAAGGGGUUCGGCGUCAGGGAGCUCGUCGCGCUGUCGGGGGCGCACACGAUCGGCGGCAAGGGCUUCGGCGACGCGGCGACCUUUGACAACGCCUACUAUACCUCCCUUCUUGCCAAGCCCUGGCUCGACAAGACCAACCCCAUGUGGGACCACAUAGGGCUGCCCUCAGACCACGCGCUGCCGGAGGACCCUCGGACGCUGGAGGUCAUCCAGGAGUAUGCCAGGGACCAGGCGGCGUUCUUCGACGACUUCUCGGCGGCCUUCCAGAAGCUCUGCGCGACGGGCGUGACGCUGGCUUGA